CCAUGGAGCACGACCACGUCCACCUCCGCAACAGCUCCCCGCCCGGCUGCGGCUUGGGCUACGGCCCCGUCGUCUACUACAGCCUCCUCCUCUGCCUCGGGCUGCCCGCAAACAUUUUGACAGUCAUCAUUCUGUCGCAGUUGGUGGCUCGCCGGCAGAAAUCCUCCUACAAUUACCUUUUAGCUCUAGCGGCCGCAGACUUGCUGGUGCUUUUCUUCAUUGUCUUUGUGGACUUUCUGCUGGAAGAUUUCAUCUUGAAAGAGCAAAUGCCAGAAGUCCUGGACAGAAUUAUCGACGUCUUGGAGUUUUCAUCCAUUCACACAUCUAUUUGGAUUACUGUGCCUCUCACCAUUGACCGAUACAUCGCCGUCUGCCAUCCUCUGAAGUACCACAUGGUUUCUUACCCAGCCCGCACCCGUAAAGUCAUUGUAAGUGUUUACAUCAUUUGCUUUCUGACCAGCAUCCCUUAUUACUGGUGGCCCAAAGUCUGGCAAGAAGACUACAAAAGUACGCUGGCCCAUCACAUCUUCAUCUGGUUCCACUGCUUCACCAUCUACUUAGUGCCCUGCUCCAUUUUUUUCAUCCUAAAUUCCAUCAUCGUGUACAAGCUUCGGCAGAAGUGUCAUUUCCGCCUGAGAGGCUACUCCACCGGGAAAACGACCGCCAUUUUGUUUACCAUCACCUCCGUUUUUGCCAUCCUUUGGGCACCAAGGAUUAUCAUGAUCUUGUAUCACCUUUAUGUCUUGCCGAAAGACAACAGGUGGUCAGUUCACAUUGUCUCUGAUGUCGCCAACAUGCUAGCGCUGCUGAACACGGCCAUCAAUUUCUUCUUGUACUGCUUCAUCAGCAAGCGAUUCCGCACCAUGGCCUCUGCAACCCUCAAGGCCUUCUUUAAGUGUCAGAAGCAACCUGUUCAGUUCUAUACGAACCAUAAUUUUUCUAUAACCAGCAGUCCCUGGAUAUCCCCUGCCAACUCGCAUUGUAUCAAAAUGCUUGUUUACCAGUAUGAUAAAAAUGGGAAGCCUAUAAAAAUAUCACCAUAAUUGUCUCUUGAAAGGUUAAAUCUCUUAGAUGACAAGUUCUUUUCAGGCUGUUCCAUUGACGGGACGUGGGCGCCCAAAUGGUCCUUUGCAAUGGGUGGCUGUUGGAUUUCACUUGUCUGAGAACCGGAGAAGUAUUGAGGCUGGAACUGUUGAGUGGAGCCAUUGAUCUGGAAGAGAAGGAAUGAGAAGGCAGAGCUCCUUCAUCCCUUGUAGGACACCCCAAAUAUGCUUAGGAGAAGAGGUCUUUCAUAUUGUUCAUUCAAUGCUGUGCAAAAUUCUGGGUGAAAAGCUAUCAUGGAGUGUCCCUGCAACUAUUGCAGAACUGAUGCAACACAUACCCAGACGUUUUAUAUAUUUCUUGGUAAGAUGUACAUUAUAUGCCUUUGCUUGGAGAGUGAAGCGUUUUUAAUUUCGAUCCUGGCAUGGAAACCCUACUGCACGAAUUGUCUGCUGUUGAAGAAAGGAAGCAAACCAGCUGCCAGAUACAUAUACUGUGGCAUAAACUCUUCAUUUUUUGCCAGCUCGCUGGAAGAAGAGUCCAAACCUACAAGCCAAACUAUGGGCCUUAUCAUGGGAAGCAGUGCAAAAACUACAGCUAUCCAGAUGACCGUGAAUACUUUUCGAAGAGGCAACGUGAAGACAAUUUUGCAGGAGGAGAAGGUGGCUUUUCCUCCCUGAGCCAAGAACAAAGAUAACCUAUUUGGAUGUCUGUUUCAAUGGGGCCCUUUUCAGCCCAAUGCCCCAUCUUUUGAGGUGCUUUGUUACUCUAGAGACAUGGAAUUAGGUUGUGAUUUAUAUGGGAAUCUAUAAAUCCCACUGAAGCCUAAGAAAAAUAAGAACUCGCAAGGACUUUCUUGGUCUUUCUUUAAUUAUAAACAUUUGAAAAACCCAUGAAUGUAAGAAGAAUGGGUUCGGGGUGGGGUUGUGAAUGUAUCUGACAUCACAGACGUACCAUUAGAACAUUCAUUAUUAAGAGCAGAACCUGUUUGUGGCAGUAACAUACUAGAGACUUUUCCGUUCCCAAGAACCGUGUAAUUGGAGCACUAUGUUUAAAACUAUUGUAAUUAGGCAAGCAUUCAAAAUAUCCAGCUUUAUAACCCAAGAGAAGCAAUACUGCAUAUUUCAGAAAAUGUCAAGGAGGGACACGAACAGUGGACGUUUUCAUCUGUUCUCUUUUGGCUGUUGAAACAGUUGCGAUGGGCAGUCAAUACUGGCCUUAAAGAUUCUGAAUGCUCCACACCAUACGCGCCACCACAUGCAUGGGAUUUUGGCAAAAC